AUGGCCCUGAAGAGGAAACAUACUUGUUUCUGGACAUUGGGUCUAUGUUUGCUUUUCAACAACCUUUCCAAGGCAGAUAUUCCCACCCUGCCGAGUAUUGAUAACCCGAAGUUUAAACAAGAAUGCAUUGACCACCAUAAUAAAAUGCGAAGCCAGGUCAACCCUCCAGCAGCCAAUAUGAAUUACCUGACUUGGGACAAAGAAUUAGCAAAACUGGCCAAAUAUUGGGCUAAACAGUGCAAAUUUGCUCAUAAUCCCUGUACUUCAAAGAACUAUGGAUGUCUUGAGAAGCAUAAGUCUGUUGGAGAAAACAUAUAUUUAGGUGGAAUAAAAAUUACACCAAGUCAAGUUAUUUCUGGUUGGUAUAAUGAAAGUGCCUAUUAUGACUUCGACACUAACAAGUGUACUAAAGGAUGUGGCCAUUAUUUACAGGUAGUUUGGGCCAAAACGUAUAAAGUUGGUUGUGCAGUUGUAAAUUGUCCUCAUCUCUUGGGAAAAUCAGCUGCAUUUUAUGUAUGUGAUUAUAUACCAGGAGGAAAUAUCCAGGGCAGCAGACCUUACAUCAAAGGAGAACCCUGCACUCAGUGCGAUUUCAAUGACUGCAUCAACAAGCUCUGCCGUAAGCAAAAGAGAAAAGACAGCAUUAGACAGUAA